UGAGCCGCUUUAAACCGAGGAGAAGGUCCUGACAGACAUAACCCCGUUUAGACUGGGACAUUCCAUGAACUUCAACUCCUUGCCUCUCCUCCAGAGGUCUCUCCCAGCUAAAUGUAUUGACUGACCUGAACACUUAUCCUGUGCUCAUGCUCCUGGUCAUGACUUCUAACGUCCAAUCAAUCGCUAUUAUCCCCUGGGCUUGGGAGGAGUCUGUUGGUGUACUGUACUGUACUGUAAACAUUGAUUGCCUCUCUUAGAAUGAGCAUCAGACGGCUAAAUGUGGACUGAGUUAAUCCCUAAGGCUUGGGUGAUCUUGUAGUUCCUGGCUCAUGAGAGAAAGUCGUGUUCUGAGACACAAAGGAUUUUUCCCACCUAAUGAUCAGCAGGAGAGCAUGCAGCAUAACUGCACCAGUCACCUGAAGGAAGUCCUAAAGCUAUGUGUUGCAGUGAUGUCAGAAGGGAUUUGCAGAAAGCAGUGUUGACGUGACAGAGAUCUACAGAAUGAUAGUGUACCUUUUGAUGCUGUCUGCACCCUUCCUUCAGUGACAUCCCUCUGCUGUUGCUUACAUUGAUCUGGGACAACAAUGAGUGCUGACAGUGACCCUGAGCUGGAUGCUGUCGACCAUGCCGAGCUGGCUGACAUGGUUGCGGCCAUCAAUGUGACACCCAGCCAGUUGACCACGCAUAACGGCUUCAGGUCCAACCCAGGCAGGACCCCCCCUCAGCGACUCCGCCUCUCAGACAGGAAGCUGUCAUUGCAGGAGCGGGGGACCAGCCGCGUGGCACGCCAGCCCACCAUCGAGUCCAAGCGUGUGUCCAUCUCUGAUUCAGAGGAUUGUAUCCAACUCAACCAGUAUAAGCUGCAGGACGAGAUUGGAAAGGGAUCUUAUGGGGUGGUGAAACUAGCUUACAAUGAGCAUGAUGAGCAGUACUACGCGAUGAAAGUAGUGUCUAAAAAGAAACUGAUGAAGCAGUGCGGAUUUCCUCGCCGUCCUCCACCUCGGGGACCCAACCAGGAGCUAGGACAGUCACCGAUACCGCUGGGACCUCUGGACAGAGUCUACCAGGAGAUUGCUAUUCUGAAGAAACUGGACCACCUUAAUGUUGUCAAACUGGUAGAGGUGCUUGAUGAUCCUUUAGAAGACAAGCUCCAUAUGGCCUUCGAGCUGAUGCCAAAAGGGCCAGUCAUGGAGGUGCCUACAGACACUGUGUUUACAGAGGAACAGGCUCGCUUCUAUUUCAGAGACAUCAUCCUGGGCAUUGAAUACUUGCACUACCAGAAGAUUAUCCACAGAGAUAUUAAGCCCUCAAACUUGCUUCUGGGAGAUGACGGGCACGUGAAGAUAGCAGACUUUGGUGUGAGUAACGAGUUUGAGGGGAAUGAUGCCCUGCUGUCCAGCACUGCAGGGACCCCAGCGUUCAUGGCCCCUGAGAUGAUGUCAGAGAGCGAGCAGAGCUUUACCGGCAAGGCUUUAGAUGUGUGGGCGAUGGGAAUUACGCUGUACUGCUUUGUCUUUGGCAAGGUCCCUUUCUUUGAGGAUUACAUCCUUGCUCUGCACGCCAAAAUCAAGAAUGCUCCUGUAGAGUUCCCAGAGACGCCUGUGUCAACUGAGGACCUCAAGGAGCUGAUCUCCAGGAUGCUCGAUAAAAACGCAGAAACAAGGGUCAGCAUCCCUGAAAUCAAGCUCCACAGGUGGGUGACGGAGAACGGUACUUCCCCCCUACCUCUGGAGGAGGAGCACUGCACUGUGAUCGAGGUCACAGAGGAGGAGAUCAAGAACUCUGUCAAACUCAUCCCUAGUCUGUCUGCAGUGAUCCUUGUCAAGUCCAUGCUUAGGAAGCGUUCCUUCGGAAACCCCUUCGAGGGGAGUAGGAGGGCGGUCAGGUCCAUGUCUGCUCCUGGAGGCCUCAUUACGGACACUUGGAUGUUGAGAUCCUCUGCCAAUGUUCAUCCAUCACUGCGCUUUGUAACCUACAGCAAGGAGGAAAGCAGAGAUGGAGAGCUGGAGGACUUGUAUGAAGAUGAUGCGUUCACUGAAACUCUGUAGUUGACCUGUUACACAAACAAGAAAAACAAGCAUGUUAAGAUUUUCAGACCUAUUUGUGUAAAAUACUUGCUCAGUCAAUAACAGUGUGGAUGC